AUGAAUAAAGCUAAUCGCAAGCAGCUUCUAUACGAGAUCAAGAUUCGCCAAAAAGAGUUUGAUGAUCCUAGUUUGCGUGCGUUAGCUUCAGAUAAUGGAAUACUUUGUUCUGCAGUUCAAGUUGAUAGUGAAACUCAGCAGCAAAAUCGAGACCAGAUGAGGAAUGAAAGCUAUGCAACUCAAGGUCGCGUCAUGAGUAGCAUACCGCCAUUGGAGUUCCAACAGCCGUCAACGGAGCAAAUUCAAACAAUGCAAAAUUCGAGACAAAUUGAUUUCCUGUUCUCGAACGGUCCCGUCAAUCACAUGUCGCAGUUGAGAAAUUAUGUUGACAACGCCAUGCAAUCCAGUCACCACUGGAGAGCAGAAAGAGAAGCAGAGGAACCCACAACUGAAUGCUUGACGGCGAUGAUACCUCGAGAUGAGAAUGCGGAUAUUUCAAUCACUAUAUGGGUUGGACAGACAGCAGGAAUGGAGUUGUUGGAAAUUCUGAGGCUACAGCCUACCUGGUCAUCUUCACAAGGGCAUCUAUAA